AUGGAAAACGACAAGGGAGAGAUCGUGGACCUGUACGUCCCCCGAAAGUGCAGCGCCACCAACCGCAUCAUCAAGGCCAAGGACCACGCUUCCGUUCAGAUCUCCAUUGCCAAGGUCGAUGAGAACGGCCGACAGAUCCAGGGCGAGAACCACGUCUACGCUCUUUGCGGAUUCGUUCGCGCCAUGGGUGAGAGCGACGAUGCUCUUAACAGACUCGCUCAACGGGAUGGUCUCGUGAAGAACGUCUGGAGCGCAGUGCGAUAA